GGGACUUUGAAAGAGUAAAAAGAUAAAACGAAACCCUCUGUAUCGUGUAGCAGGUUUUUAAUACGAAGCCUAAUCUAUACGAUAGUAUUAAAAGUGAAGCCAAACCAGCCACCAAGACUUUGCGAGGAAAACAGAGUUUUUAUUUCUUCCUUACCUUGUAUAGCUGAGUUCCAGCUUCACAUUGACAGAUCGAAAUAAAGGAAGCCAAGCUCGCAGAUUUUCCAUUACUGUGAUUUUGACCGGAAUAAGUAUUCGGAAUCGGCAGCGGAAGAAGAAGAUAAAAUUGUUCAUCCUUGUCUUGCCAUGGCCAUGUAUAUUCGUGUGAAGCGCAUGAAAACCACCUACUUUAUCCAAUGUGAUCCAACUGAGACUGUGUUGGAUGUUAAGCAAAAACUGUUUGACCUCAUUGAGCAACCAGUUAGCAAUCAGCGUCUGGUCUUAAUGUCUACCGAAGAAGUGUUAGAGGAUUCGAAAACUCUCGCGGAGCAGAAGGUUGAGAAUGAUGCAGUCGUUGCUCUGACUUUGAGGAAAGAUGGUAACGAGUUUGAGGAUGUCAACAUCGCACAGCCCGCCGACUUCUCAAUCUCAUGAAGAACUUAACUGGCUGUACUAUCAGGCAAAACCUUUGCUUCAACAGGAGAAGUAUUGAUUCAAACACAAGGAGGAGUCUAAUAAACGCCUCAAGUUGUUUAUUGAUCUCUGUUUGUGUCGACGCCUCUUUAGUUGUUAUAAGACUUUUGUUGUAAGUAAAGAUAUUGAGAUGUUCAAGUGUGAUUGCAACAUGCGAGAUUAAUAGUUUUCAGUCAAGUUAUGGACGCAUGAUCCAGUGACAACCUCCAGUGAAUUACAAUGCUGAGCUAGAUCUCUUACA